CGAAAUUGAUUUCCCGGAAAUGAUUGCAAAGAAGGCAUCUAUCAUUCGGCGAAGAACAGAACUAGCCACAAUGUUGGACUCGCCCACCGUAGAGCGUGGUGGCAUGGAACUUGGUUCUGCAGACUAUGCUCUUAUUGGUGGCGAUUUGCGUCACUGGGACAACAUCGCAGAUAGACUAGCAUACCAUGGUUUUCAACCAGAAGGAUUCUCAAAUUAUCUUGAAAUGGAUAACCGACAAUACCCAAUCGUGUUUAUUUCUUUUGUAUGAACAAAUUUUACCCGAUGAUGCUUUUGGAAAGGUCAUGAUCCGUAACCUCAAGCUUCGCAAUAUCGAGUUGAAAGGUAUCCACGCUUACCCAACGCUUGAUACACAAGUUCAACGCUUCAAACAGCUCAACUGGCAUGACGUACAUGCUGUGGAUAUCAAUACACUUCAUGACCAUCCCAGUUCCCAGGAAGAGAUAAGAAGGUGAAAUGAUGGCUACAGUCGAAGAUGUCCCGCCUUGCCUGGACCUGGUUGAAACUGAUAAAACCUGUUUUUUUUUUCCAUUAGAAUAUCGCAAUUGGAACUCCUAGAUGAAUUA